ACUAUCCUUUCAUUUUCGUAUUCUCUAACUGCUCAGCUCUCUCUCUCUCUCUCUUAAGUUCUCUCUCUCCUUAUCCAUGGCGGCGUCUGCUUUCGUUGCAGUCCCAAAACCUUUUACAACUCAAAACACCAGAUUUCCUUCUCUCUCCUCAAACCGCAGACUAUUAGGUCAACGAAGAAAUUCUCUGCGAGUAUGUGCGAUUGCAAAGAAAUUUGAGGCCACUAAGGUUGUGCCGCAAGCUGAUAGAGUGUUGAUUCGUCUAGAGGAACUACCUGAGAAAUCAGCUGGUGGAGUUUUGCUACCAAAGUCAGCUGUAAAAUUUGAACGUUACCUUAUGGGGGAGAUUCUCUCUGUUGGUGCUGAGGCGCAGCAACUAGAGGCUGGGAAGAAGGUUCUUUUCUCAGACAUAAAUGCUUAUGAGGUGGAUUUGGGAACAGAUGCAAAGCAUUGUUUUUGUAAAGCUGGUGAUCUGCUGGCUGUGGUUGAGUGAAACUGCUUCAUGCAAAAGAUUAAACCACCUAUAAUUGGCGGUGUUAUUUUUUGGAACCUGAAUUAAAUUUCAGAUGAAUUGUGGUGCAUUCUUAUGUUGUUGUCCACUUUUCUAUUUUGUUCUUUUUAUUGUUUCAUGCUAAAAUAACAUUCCGCGUUUAGUCCUAGUGGAUAAUUCAUGGUGAAUUGCUGUCACGAGUUGCUGAGGAUGGUCCUCACUAUUAUUAUAAUUAUGCUUCAAAACUCAA